AAUAUCAAGGUUAAUAUCCCACCUUUUAUGGGUAAAAGUGAUCCUGAAGCUUAUUUGGAGUGGGAAGAGAAAAUGGAGAUGAUUUUUCACUGCCACAACUAUUCGGAAGGUAAGAAGGUGAAGAUGGCAGCAAUGGAGUUUGGCCAUUAUGCACUCCAAUGGUGGAUAAAUGAGCAAAGCACCCAAAGGAUGGUUGGUGAAGACUUAAUUACAACAUGGCGACAAAUGAAAGGAGUCAUGAGGAAGCGGUUUGUGCCAUCCCAUUACCAAAGGUUGCUGCAUCAAAGGCUUCAAUCUUUGUCUCAAGGAAGUAGGUCCGUGGAGGAUUAUUACAAAGAGAUGGAGAUGUUAAUGAUGAGGUUAAACAUGAGGGAGGAUAGGGAGGCAACAAUGGCAAGAUUUCUUGGAGGGUUAAACCGUGACAUUGCCAACCAACUUGAAUUACAACAAUACUUGGAAUUGGAGGAGAUGUUGCAUGUAGCCAUUAAACUUGAGAACCAAUUCAAGAGGAGGGGUGUUAGUACACGGUUUGGAGGAGUUUCUAGCAGUGGAAGGACAAGUUCAAGUGGCUGGAAAAAUAAUUCCACUUAUGAAAACAAGUUGAGGCCGAAAUUAGGAGAAGAAUCAACCAACCGGCCAAGAAGAGAGGUCAAUACCGAAUCUGUCCAAGCAUUUAGAGGUGAGAUAAAAUUUGAUCCUAAACCUCAAAAAUCUAGAGAAAUAAUUUUUUUUAAGUGCCAAGGAAGAGGACACAUAUCCAGCCAAUGCCCAAAUAGAAGAAUCAUGGUAUUAAAGGGUGAUGGUGAGUUGGAAUCCGCAAGUGAAGAAAGUGGGGCUGAAACCGAGCAAGAGGAGGCUUGUAAUGAAGAUGAAACCGAACCUGUAGAUGCAUCUAAUGCCGAGUUAAGCUUGGUUUCAAGGAGAGUACUUGCUGUCUACAAGGAUGAAGAUAAUCUUGUAGUUGAUAAAUUAGGUUUGAAAAUAAUUAAACAUCCAGAACCUUAUAGAUUACAAUGGCUUAAUGAUAGUGGUGAGAUGAAAGUAAACAAACAAGCCAAAGUAAAAUUUAAUAUAGGUAGAUAUGAGGAUGUAGUUUUAUGUGAUAUUGUACCUAUGAUUGCUGGACAUAUACUAUUAGGUAGACCAUGGCAAUUUGAUAAAGAUGCUACUCAUUUUGGUCGAGAAAAUAGUAUUGUUUUCAGGUUUAAAGGGAAGAAGAUCAAGCUGGAACCAUUAUCUCCUAAAGAGGUUUACAAGGACCAAUUACAAAUGCAACAAAGGAGAGAAGCCGAAAAGCUCAAGGAAAAAGCAAAGAGCAAACCCGAGAGCAUACAAAAUCCGGAACUUUCCGCCACUAAAAAGGAUGGUUCUUGGAGAAUGUGUGUUGAUUGUAGAGCUAUAAAUAAUAUUACCAUCAAAUAUAAACAUCCCAUUCCUAGAUUAGAUGAUAUGCUUGAUGAAUUGCAUGGUGCUUGCAUGUUUACAAAAAUUGAUCUUAGGAGUGGUUAUCACCAAAUUAGGAUGAAAGAAGGUGAUGAAUGGAAAACCGCAUUCAAAACUAAAUAUGGACUGUAUGAAUGGUUAGUUAUGCCUUUUGGAUUAUCCAAUGCACCUAGUACUUUCAUGAGGCUUAUGAAUCAUGUAAUGCGUCCAUUUAUUGGUAAAUUUGUGGUUGUUUAUUUUGAUGACAUUUUAAUAUAUAGCCGAAAUUUAGAUGACCAUGUGGAUCAACUUAGGCAAGUUUUGCAAGUUCUUAGAAAGGAAAGAUUAUUUGCUAACAUUAAAAAAUGUGACUUUUGCAAAGAAGAGCUUGUGUUUCUAGGUUUUGUAGUAAGUGCUGCAGGAAUCAAAGUUGAUCAAGCUAAGGUGAAGGCAAUCCAAGAGUGGCCGGUUCCUACUUCCAUUACCCAAAAGAAUGUUGGCUUCAAAUGGGGGGAAGUACAAGAAAAAUCUUUUAAUUUGUUGAAAGAAAAAUUGUGUAAUGCACCUUUGUUAGUUUUGCCAAAUUUUUCUAAGACUUUUGAAAUUGAGUGUGAUGCUUCGGGUGUAGGUAUUGGAGCUGUUUUAAUGCAAGAAGGAAGGCCCAUAGCCUACUUUAGUGAAAAAUUGAAUGGAGCUGCCCUAAACUACCCGACUUAUGACAAGGAGAUGUAUGCUUUGGUGAGGGCUUUGGAGACGUGGCAGCAUUAUCUUAUGCCAAAGGAGUUUGUGAUUCAUACGGAUCAUGAGUCUUUGAAGCAUAUCAAGGGACAAGGAAAGCUCAACCGAAGACAUGCUAAGUGGAUUGAGUUUAUUGAAACAUUUCCAUAUGUGAUCCGCUACAAAAAACGGGAAGGACAUGGGGGUGGUUUAAUGGGUCAUUUUGCAACUAAAUUUACUCCAUUUGAAAUUGUUUAUGGUUUUAAUCCUUUGACUCCAUUAGAUUUAACACCUUUGCCUUUAAGUGAGCGUGCUAAUCUAGAUGGAAAACAAAAAGUUGAUUUUGUAAGGCAGAUUCAUGAGAAAACCCGAGCAAACAUUGAGAGGAGGACCGAGCAAUAUGCAAGGGUGGCUAAUCAAGGCAGAAAAUCAAUGGUGUUUGAACCUGGAGAUUGGGUGUGGCUGCAUUUAAGGAAAGAAAGAUUCCCCGAACAAAGGAAAUCAAAACUCAUGCCGAGGGGUGAUGGACCUUUUCAAGUUUUGGAGAGGAUAAACGACAAUGCUUACAAGCUU